AUGGCCCACGACGCAGCGCAGAAGCGUUUGAGACUGCAGUCCGCGCUGCACACGGGCGGGACAUCGCUGGAUGGGUUAGCGCGGAUUGCCGCGAAACGCGUUUGCGAGCCUGCUGGCGAUACGAAGCCUCGCACUAUAAACCACGAGUUGUUCGAGAGGGCGAGGUUCGACGUCGAUCUGCGUUUGGCAACUGGCGAACCAUGGCGUUGGGAGGUUUGCCAGCCCGCGCUCGUUCCCCAGGGGAUGGCGGCUGCUUCGGGCGAGUUGCAGACGCGGUUCUCGAAUGCUUUCUCGUGGCGCCCGCGCUCGAUUGACAGGCCUUGGAGCAUGGUCAUCGGCUUAGACGAGCGCGCGGCAACCUGUACGACCUUCGCUGCGAUUCGGGAUCACAUCAUAGGCAAGGUCGAGGGCAAGCGGCCCAGGUUGUUCGCAAUACUUCUGCGUGAGAUCCCGCUUGGCCCCCUGUCCUUCAGAGACGCGGGCGCGGCGUUGAAUGUGCUCGGCCAAACGCGCCUGCUGUUCGCGACGGUGAAGGGUGUUUUAAGAGACCUCGGCGGCCACAGGAUGACGUCCGACUGGACGGGCGCAAGCUCCCGCAAGCCAUGCACUUCGCGCGGCAAUUGUUGGAAGAAGAAUUCACAUCUCAUUCCAGGGUGCUACGAUAUAUCUUGUGCAGAUUUCUCGAAAUUUCGGCUGCGUGAUCACGAGGGCAUGGCUGCGCAUAUGGCUGCCGUUUUGGCGGCGAAAGCGAGACGUGACGCUGGGGCCAUGGGCGUUGGGGAUUUCAAAGAGCUCAUUCAGGGCGCCGGCUUCAACCCAUACCCACUGGGCCCUCUAGCAGAUGAGGCUUUGCGCGGCAUCCUCGACAUAUCUGACAUCAUCCGCGCUGACUGGGUGCACCAUUAUCUACAACAUGGCGCAUUUGCUUGGGCGCGCACGGCUUACGGGAGGGCGUGCGAGAGCAAGCUGGGAAUGAUGUUCGAGAUGCGGGGUGAGUUGGUGAAGGCUGAGUGGACAUUCCCCUUACCAAUGGGCGCCGAGAUCAGCCAAGUCUACGACGCAUUUCCCGCGUCCUCCGAGAAGGAGUCGAAGAUUCGAUGCAAGGCAGGUGGUUACAUAUCCUUUUAUGUUAGCAUGCGGCAUUUUGUCGAAUGCAGACUGCUCGACAUCCCUGGCCUUGAGAGGGAGAACGAGCCUUUCAGCGCAGCAUGUGCUGUCUUGGACCUCGCCCUCGAGGCUAAGAGGGCCCCGCAGACUGGGCUCGCAGCCAUUCUCAAUGAGCUCAGGGCCGCUCUUCGUAUGCACAUGGAUAGGCAUGCAGCCGCAUACGGCAAGAGGUAUUUACUUCCGAAACACCACGCCACGCUGCAUAUUCCAGAACAAAUUUGGAAAGACAAGUUUGUAGUCGACAUGUUCGUUGUUGAGCGCUUAAACAUUCGCGCCGAGCAGUCCGCAGAGAACAGCGUCAGGAACACAGAGCGGCACCAGCACUCUGUUCUCUGA